CAGAGCUCAUUGUCAAUUUGUCUUUGUGUUUGUGUUGUAUUAUGUUUAUUUAUCUGAUUUUAUCUCUCAUUAAUAAAUAGGGUAACGGUUGUUUUGAUAACACAAAGAUUUGUAUGUAAGAUAUAAAAUAUGACCAUUUGAUUAACAAAUAUGGAAACUACUCCACUUUUGACACGACCCAAAAAGAAAUCUAUCUGGUCAAGAUUUAGUUUCACGAGAUUUCGUAAGAAGGAAUUUAGUUCUAGAGUAAUUUAUUUAGGACAAUUACCCGAAGAUGAUUAUCCAGCAAACCAUGUUUGUAAUCAGAAAUAUAGCAUCAUUACAUUCCUGCCUCUAGUAUUAUUUGAACAGUUUCGAUUCUUCCUAAACUUGUAUUUCCUUGUGAUGGCCUUGAGCCAGUUCAUACCGAGUAUAAGAAUAGGAUACUUGUAUACAUACUGGGGGCCGCUGUGCUUUGUACUUGCUGUUACAUUGUUCAGGGAGGCAAUUGAUGACUUUAGAAGAUACAGAAGAGAUAAAGAAGUAAACAGACAACGCUAUGAGCGUGUAGUUUUAGACACUCCAACUGAUGGAUACCGUCCAUUUUACACGGAGUAUGUGCCUGCAUCAGCCCUCAGAGUAGGUGAUAUUGUAAUGCUACACAAAGGUCAGAGAGUGCCAGCGGAUAUGAUAUUACUAAGAACUAAUGAGACAAUGGGCACUGUUUUUAUAAGAACAGACCAAUUAGACGGAGAGAUUGAUUGGAAAUUACGAAUCCCAUUGCCUUCAACUCAAAAACUACCAACUGAUGCUCACCUACUAGAUAUAAAUGCACAGAUCUUUGUAGAGAAGCCAGAAAAGGAUAUACAUUCUUUUAUCGGCACAUGUACCAGAUUGGAUGAAGAAGAAAGUGAUUCUUUGGAUAUUGAAAAUACACUUUGGAGUGGAUGUGUUGUGGCGUCAGGACAGGCCACUGGCUUAGUUAUUUAUACUGGCAUAGAAACUCGCAGUGUGAUGAACAAUGCAGUACCUAGGUCAAAAGUGGGUCGCCUAGAUCUGCAGGUGAACGACCUCACUAAAGUGCUGUUUGUUGCCACAAUACUCAUCUCUUUCCUGUUGAUUACACUUAAAGGCUUCGAUGGACCCUGGUUUGGAUUCUUCUUUAGAUUUGUGCUACUUUUUUCUUACAUCAUUCCAAUAAGUUUAAGAGUGAAUCUAGACAUGGGGAAAGCGUUUUAUUCAUGGACGAUACAAAGAGACAAACAGAUUGAGGGUACGGUGAUGAGGUCUACAACUAUACCGGAGGAGCUCGGUCGUAUACAAUAUUUGCUUGCUGACAAAACGGGGACUUUGACUAAGAACGAAAUGGUCUUCCAGAAGCUUCAUCUACAAAAUGCACUGUUUGAUAGAAAUAAUUUUCAUGAGGUGGAAGCAUUCCUGACUCAGUACAUAACAAACGACGCGCCCUCCCUACCGACCUCGCCCAGUGGGCAAGGCGCCGCGCUCGCGCCCACGCCAAGACAGAUAUGGGAGGUGGUCCUCGCCAUCGCGCUCUGCCACAACGUCACACCCGUCUAUGAUAUAGAGGACCAGAGAGCUGAUGAAGCACAAUCAGACAUGGGGAGUUCGGUGAUGUCUGAGAGCUGUGGGGGUGCGGUGCCGCAGCAGCAGCUGUGUGACUACCAGGCUGCCAGCCCGGAUGAAGUCGCCCUCGUCAAGUGGACUGACAUGAUGGGCGUAUCGCUAUAUAGAAGAGACUUGCACAACAUCUCGCUGAAGCUGCGCGCAGCAAACGAGAUCAUGCAGUUCAAUAUACUGCAAGUGUUCCCCUUCACCAGCGAGAGUAAGAUGAUGGGCAUCAUCGUACAGGAAGAGAACUCCGGGGAGAUAACGUAUUACGUAAAGGGUGCUGACAUAGCGCUGUCCCGUGCGGUGGGGGCUGCGGGCGCGGGCUGGCUGAGCUCGGAGUGCAGCUCUCUGGCCGCUGAGGGACUUCGCACGCUCGUCGUCGCUAAGAAAACAAUGACCAAGAAUGAAUAUCUUGAAUUUGAAAGCGAGUACAACGAGGCCCGCCUGAGCGUGAUGAACCGCAGCGAGCGCACGGCGGCGGCUCUGGGCCGGCUGCAGCGCGGGCUGCUGCUGCUCGGUCUCACCGGAGUAGAGGAUCGUCUGGCUGAUGAUGUGCCCCGCACCCUCGCCAUGCUGCGCACUGCCAAUAUCAAGAUCUGGAUGUUGACCGGCGACAAGCUGGAGACUGCGCUGUGUAUCGCGCGCUCGCUGCAGCUGGGCGGAGGCCGGCGCUGGCUGAGCGCGCCCGAGUGCACCACACGCCGGCACGCUCACCACCUGCUGCUCACGCUGCAGAACGCAGAAGAUGACACCGAUCUCAUCAUAGAGGGGGAGACACUAGAGGUGUGCCUGCAGUCGUACGAGGAGGAGUUCGUGUUGGUGCUGCAGCGCUGCAGCGGUGUGGUGGUGGCUCGCUGCUCUCCCACACAGAAGGCGCGAGUGGCGAGGUUGUUGCGAGCGCGCGGACACGUCGUCGCAGCAGUCGGUGAUGGCGGCAACGACGUCGCCAUGAUACAGGAGGCUGAUAUCGGUGUGGGUAUCGAGGGUCUGGAAGGUCGUGCUGCGUCUCUGGCUGGUGACGUGAGCGUGCGCGGUCUGUCUGCGCUGGCGCGGCUGCUGCUGGUGCACGGCCGGCGCGCCGCCAUGCGCUCCGCCGCGCUCUCGCUCUUCAUAGUGCAUCGCGGACUCAUCGUAUCCACCAUGCAGGCGGUAUUCUCAGUGGUGUUCUACUUCUCAUCCGUGUCUCUCUACCCUGGCUUCCUCAUGGUCGGCUAUGGAACUGUCUUCACCAUGCUACCAGUAUUCUCUCUAGUACUUGACAAAGAUAUACCUAGCUCGACUGCACUUAGAUAUCCCCAGCUGUAUCGACAGCUGACUAAAGGAAGGCAUCUCUCAUAUAAAACCUUUUACAUAUGGACUGGAAUAUCUAUAUAUCAAGGCGGUGUGAUAAUGUACGGCGCACUGGUGCUGUUCGAGGAGCAGCUGAUCCAUAUCGUGGAGAUCAGCUAUACUGCUCUCAUCCUGACCGAACUGAUCAUGGUGGCCCUCACAGUCGCCACCUGGCACCGUCUCAUGGCUCUCGCGGAACUCAUCAGCCUCGCCAUGUACACCGCCACGCUGCUCAUUUUCACCACAUACUUUGACGCGGACUUCAUCCGUCACUGGGACUUCUGGUGGAAGGUGACGACCAUCACUCUGGUGUCAUGUCUGCCGCUUUACAUCGUCAAACAUAUGCACCGCAAGUGGCGCGACCGACAGUACAAGAACAUACGGAAAUGAUCCUUAUCACAUACGCAGUUAGGUCCAUAUUACAACUAUUGUCUACAUUAUAAGUUACUAACGUAACAUGUGAUAUAAGGUUAACAAAUAGCUGAAAGCAUACAUCUUUUCAUAUUCUUUCGCAGUUUUAUCAUCAAAUUAAGUUAAAAUAAUACACUUUUUUCCUACAAAA